AUGCUGUACAGACUCCUGCUGGGUGGCCUCCUUAGCACCACGCUGCCUACCAGCUUCCUCGGCACAGCCUCAGCCCGUAACCUGCACCUCUGCGAGGGAUAUCCCAGCCCUGAUGGGCGCUACCACUCCGGCUUCUACUGCCCACGCCUCACUGACCCCCCUGCACACAGGUACUGCUGCCGCCACGGAGACCACGCCCUCAAAUCCUGCUGCCCCCAGCUGGAGUUUGAGAGCCUGAGGAGGGUCAAUCUGUCCAACGUGCCCACCCCAGCCAGACUCAGGAACCCACUGCCCCUGCUGGCUGUGGGGCUCUACGGCCUCCUCGUCCUCACGCUCAUGACCCUCGACUUCCUCCACUUCUGCAGACUCAACCAACGCCGCUUCUACAGCCUCCUGAGCAGCAGCCGCCUGGGCAAGCGCCUGGCCAGCUCCUUCCCACACCGCUGCCCACGGCCCGGCCCAGCGCGAGGAGGGACCCAGCGGCAGGAGCUGCCCACGGCCCGGCCCAGCGCGAGGAGGGACCCAGCGAGGAGCUGCCCACGGCCCGGCCCAGCGCGAGGAGGGACCCAGCGGCAGGAGCUGCCCACGGCCCGGCCCAGCGCGAGGAGGGACCCAGCGAGGAGCUGCCCACGGCCCGGCCCAGCGCGAGGAGGGACCCAGCGGCAGGAGCUGCCCACGGCCCGGCCCAGCGCGAGGAGGGACCCAGCGGCAGGAGCUGCCCACGGCCCGGCCCAGCGCGAGGAGGGACCCAGCGGCAGGAGCUGCCCACGGCCCGGCCCAGCGCGAGGAGGGACCCAGCGGCAGGAGCUGGCUGUGCCCACGGCCCAGACCAGCCAGGACACAAAGUGUGAAGAGCAGGGACCGCAGUGA